GAAAAAAGUUUAUAUAAGAGUACGAAACCCUAACAAGAGCAAUCACAAAAUCAGAAACAAAAACGCGUUGAAGACUUUUAAGGCGGCUAUCUCUUUCGUUCUGUUCAUCGCCGGUAAGGCAAUUCGAAACCUCUGAUUGCAGUCGAGACGCAGCCACCGUUUAGGGGUUUUGUUUCUCCUCUCAUUCAUUAUCGAUUUUCCAUGCUCGAUUGUUUUUGAUUGUUUUGUUUUCGUAAUUGAAACUAUUCGCUAUUCUUUGUAUUCAGAAAGAAGGAAAAUAUCAUAAACAAGCUUUUAAUUGAUUCUAGUUUUUGUUUUUUUUUUCCAAUUGUUGAUUGUGGUUUUGUAAAUUUCGUUGAUUUCGAAUCCUUGAAGUUAGGGUUUGAGAAUUUGGGGAUUUUAGGGUUUUGGUUUAAUAUUUUUUCCUCAAUUCUUUUGUGCUUGUCAAUCCCAUGGCGGCAGGGCGACAAAGUGUUUUGGGGAAGAGGGAGUCUUACAAACAUGAUUCCGUCAAGGAAUUUCAGUAUUCUAAGUAUGAUGAUUCUCUUGCAAAAGAAGAUAGAGAAGAAGGUGAGAUCCUUGUUGAUGGGGAUGAAGCUUUGCCACCGCCAGAAAAGAGAAGAAAAUUCUCUCCCAUUGUCUGGGAUCUGGCUGAGAAGAAGGCCAAAAUCUCUUCCAACGAUAGGGUCACACAUGUUGCUGAAUCUCUAUCUCGAUCACCUGUUGAUGAACAAAGUGCUGAAGAAAAAGGUGUUUUAAGUGAGUUUUCGCUGAAUUCCUCUUGUGUUGUUGAUGAAAGUGAUAUGCAGGGGUGGAACAUCACAAAGUCUAAAUGGGCUUCUGAUGAUCUUUCACCUAUGGGUGAUGAUGAUAAGUACAAGCAAGACAAAAGAAGUUUAAGUUCGGAAGAUGGUGGUUGUUCAGGUAGCACAAUCACUAGAUCUGAUGUUGAUGAUGAGGUUAGUGAUUCUCCAUCAGAUUCGUUUGAAAAUAGUGAUUUGAUGCAUGUGCAGAGGAAUUUUAACAUGUGUCAGAGUUGCAGAACUGUGUCGGAAUUUGAAAUGAUUAAGAAAAUAAAUGAAGGAACUUAUGGUGUUGUCUAUAAAGCUAAGGAUAAGAGGACUGGAGAGACUGUAGCACUAAAGAAGGUGAAGAUGGAGAAGGAAAGAGAGGGAUUUCCAAUGUCAGCGUUGAGAGAAAUGAAUAUUCUCUUGUCUUUAGAUCAUCCCUCUAUUGUUGAUGUUAAAGAAGUAGUUGUGGAUGAUGAUGAUAAGGAUGAUGGUACUUAUAUGGUAAUGGAGCAUAUGCAGUAUGACCUCAAACAGUUAAUGGAGGUAAGGACACAGCCUUUUAGUAUGGGUGAAAUAAAAUCCUUCAUGAAGCAACUUCUUGAAGGUGUCAAGUAUCUUCAUGAUAACUGGAUUCUCCAUAGAGAUUUGAAGACAUCUAACAUUCUGCUGAAUAAAGAAGGGAAGCUGAAAAUAUGUGACUUUGGAAUGUCAAGGCAGUACGGAAGCCCGCUUAAGCCAUAUACUUCUCUUGUGGUUACAUUAUGGUACAGAGCACCUGAACUAUUAUUGGGCGCCAAAAAAUACUCUAAAGCAAUUGAUAUGUGGUCGUUGGGGUGUAUAAUGGCUGAACUAUUUUCCAGGGAGCCUCUUUUCAGGGGUAAAACUGAAAUCGAACAACUUGAUAAGAUUUUUCGAACCCUUGGUACACCAGACGAGAAAAUAUGGCCAGGAUUUUCCAAAUUGCCUGGGUCUAAAGCAAAAUUUGUCAAGCAACGGUGUAGUAUGCUAAGGAUGAAGUUUCCAGCCGCGUCUUUCACUGGUUUGCCAGUUCUAUCUGAGUCGGGAUUUGACUUGUUGAGUAAGCUUCUAGCUUAUGAUCCUGACAAGAGGAUUUCUGCUGAAGCUGCUCUGCAACAUGAUUGGUUCCAAUGAAGGUCAACUUCCCAGAACUGAUUAAAAGCCUAUUUUUUCUUCAUGGUAGUGCUAGCAGCUAAUACAGGUACUUAUGCUAGAGCUGGAUUCAUGAAAAACCAAGAGCAAUGCCUAUGUUAACCUACACUUAUCCAACUUGUCUUUCCACACUAAUGAUCUUAUACUAAGAAUGAUGUGAUUGCCAAGCACACAGUAAUUGGCUUCAUUAGGUUUUAUUUGUUAUAAAAUUGGAAGUGGCAUGUAUAAUGUACAAUGAGAUGAGAAGGUAUGGCACCUGAUUUUUUGAUAUUGAUAUCCAUGUAGUCGUGUACCCUUUAUGUGGGGUGAAAUUUGUACAUAUAUUUCAAGACUGAAGCAAUGAAUGAGUUUUUGAUA